UUUUAUAUAAACGAGAUUAAUAAGAAAAAAAACUAAAUCAAACCUUCCACCUGCUCGAUCCAAAAUCAAAUCCUCUAGCUCGAUCUCUACCUCUAAGCUCGAUUUUCCAUUUUCAGAAAAUUUUCACUCAAAAACCUUUUCGAUCGGAAACGAUCUUCACAGCUUUUGUGUUCGUCGGAUCUUAUUCAUCUCUAUUUACUUUGAAAUCGGUUUGGAUUCCCUCAAAUUGAUCGAAGAUUUCGUCUCCAAAAUCGUCGGAUCUUCUUCGUCACUCAAAUUCCUAGAAGAAGAAAGUUAGUAAUUCUGAGAUUUCGUAAGGCUUUAAUCUGUUUCUGAUUGAUAAAUGUAUCGAAGAAUUUUUGAUUUGUGAUUCCUUUUUUGCAAAGAGAUUUCGGUCACAAACUCAAUUCCGGAAGCGGCGCAAAUCUCAAUUCCGGAGGCAGCACCAAUAUAUUGAUACGCUACCAUCACAUUAGAGAUGAGAAGGAACCUACAAACAAAUAUACGAAGUCGGGAACAUUUAUUCAAAAUAAACGUGAGGACGGCUCUGUUUCGCCGGAAAAACCAGACACAAAGGGCAAAACCUCCACGAAGCUUCACCCAUUGCAGCUUGUUGCUGUUGCUGCUGGUGGACGAAUAGCGCAGCUGCUGGUUGCUGUUGCUGUUGCAAGAACAUCUCUUGUGGAGCUCCAGCGGCAAAGCUCCAGACUUAGUCUGCAUUAUGAUCAAAAUUA